AUGGCCGUCCCUCCUCCCCACUACGACACGGUCCUGUUGCGUGAGCAUCUGUUCCAGGAUCUCAACAACAAGUAUUUGGUGAUCCCUCCAGAAGCCCACCAGCCGGGAUUUAGACCGGUUCAUGAAAUCGGUCUUGGUCUCUUCAACUACUACCUGGUCGACCAGCACAGCAUUCAGGGCGCCGGAUACCAUGGAAUUGCCGAGAUCGUGCUGGAUCUGUGCUUGUUGUUUGUGUUUGCGGUCGGAUUCUAUGCCAUCUAUAAACUGGUGAUUCUUAGAAGAGCCGUUCCUAAACCGGUCCAACUCACCAAGUACUAUCCGCAGGACCUCGAGAGCCAGGUGCAGUACUCUCCAGACCUGCCAUCGCUGGUGCACACGCCAUCCACGCCGUCGUACCCAGACUCUGCUCCUUCCAGUGCAAACACCUCGCCGAUCACCAACAUCUUGGAGUUCGACAACCCGUUCAAACACAGCCACAACUCGCGGGCCCUGAUGAACAGCCUCAAGAUCCAAUAG